AUGGAAUCUCUUCUAACCGAAGUCGAAUCGCUCGCCCCGCGCUUCGCUAGCGGAGACGUAGCCUCGUUGGAUCCUCUCGCCGAGGCGCUUGCGAAUCUCCUUGCCAGAUCGCGCGAGCGCGAUUGGCUCACAGAAGAAAGCGAAUUUUUCACGGGCAGCUCUCCGGGCAGAAGUAACGGCAGCACUGGAGCUACGGGCAGCGGAAUUGCAAUCACCCGAUUGGUCGGCGUCCUGCCCGAGCUCUCCAGGCACUGCCCCGAGCUUCACGGAAUCUUCCAUCCCGCUGAUGUCGCCGAUGCUGACGUGGCACAGCCGUCCGAUCCUGCAACCGGAACCGCAUCCAGCGCCGCAUCUGGCGCAGCAAAUGGAGGGCUCCAGGGGUUAUCCAUUGCUCCUCCCAGCAGAAGCGUAUGGGCGGUGCACGCGCUUCGGCCGCUGCUGCAGGCGCUGCGGGUGGUUCGGAACCUGCUGGCAGGCUCGGCAGCCAACCAGGACGCGUUCCUGAGGUGCGGUGCAGUGAACCUAGUGGCGACCAUCGCGGAUAAAUUAAUUACGAGCCGCGUCUUGCAGGCAGCGCCGGAAACAGGCGCAAUCAAGGCGCAGACCAGGGAUGUGACUAAAUUGAAAGAGAUGGGGAGUGUAUCCUCGUUAUCAGACGCUCUGGCUUCGUUAAUGGCUGAAGUGGGAGGUACAGUGGCAGAGAGACUUGGAGAAACAGAGAACAAGGCGACAAUACCAGAAGCAGCUGCUUCCACGUCAGAUGCAGCCACGUCAGCAGCAGCAGAAACGUCAGAAACAUCUGCAGCAACAGCUCCCAAAGCAGCAGCAGCAGCAGAAGCAGAAGCAGCAGCAGAAGGGGACCAUCUCUCAGAGGGGCAAUUGAGCUCAGUCAAUUCAAGCAUGCCUCCUUCGCUCUCCACCCCCCAACCGCUCUCCUUGCCCCCCCACAUCGCCCCUUCCCCCUCCCCCCACCCCACUUCUCUAUCCACCUUCACCCCCAGUGCUGCCCCUUCUGGCCCCCGUUUCCGCCACUCCGUCCCUCUCCCUGUGAACCAUCUAGACACACUCAAAACCGUCCUGCAGCUUCUGGGAAACUUCUGCGGUGGCGGCAGGAGGGAGCAGCAGGCAGUGUGGGACAGGUGCUUUCCAGGAACCUUCUCCCGGAUUGCAGCAGCAGGCGGGGCGGCAGGGCGGGCAGCGGGGGUGCGGUCGGCACUGUGCAUGGUACUGUUCACGUGCGUGCGGGCCAAUCAGAAAGCAGCAGCGGGUUUGGGAGGAUCGGCUGAAGGGAUUGACGCCCCCGCCACCUCUCUCGAUCCCUGGCUCAGCCUGCUGCUAGAGCGCCUGUGCCUUCGUGGAAGCUUCUUCCAGCCGCUGUUCGUUGGGCUGAGCAGGAAGGGGAGAGAAGUGGGGAAGGAGGGAAAAGGGGAGGAGGGGGGACAAAAGGAAGAAACAUCUGAUUCUUUCCGUAAGCAGCUUCAUGGGGGCCGGUUCAGCUGGGAGCAAGCAGGGCUGCUGUGGGGGGUGUGGGGGGCACUGGCUGCAGUGGCAGAGGCACAGGGGGUCUCAGCUGGGGUUGGGAGCAAGGAGAAGGAGGGCGGGAUAGGGAAAGGGGGCACGGAGGGUAAAGUGGCGAAGGAAGGGAAAGGAGAGGACCAAAGAGGGCAGGAGCAAGGAGAAUUAUUUCCGCCUGUUGGUCCGGGCAGCUUGAAUUUCCUCCUGACCGUUUGCAGGAGUGCAGCACGGGCUGUGGCACGGGUUCAGGCCCAGAGUCUGCUGCUGUCGCCUGGUAACCAGGUGGCUACUGGUAAUCAAAUGCCUAGUAACGAGGUACCUCAUAACGAAGCCUUGUCAGCACGCCACAUCCUCCGAUUCGCCCUGCACUGCCUUCGCAUCCUCGCAGCCUUGGACCCCGUACCAGCUGCCGAACCUGCCCCACCAGGCUCGGGAGUCCCAGGCUUGGGAAGCACGGACCUGCUGGCAGCGGUUGGAGUGAUUGCAAAUGCGGGUCAUGAGCGCAAGGCAUACCAGGAUGCUGUGAGGUGCUAUACGGCUCCUAGCGUUCCGGUAUCUGCUGCUGCUGCUGGUGCUAUUGCUGCUGCUCCUGGUGGUGCUGUUGGUGGUGGUGGUGCUGCUGCUGCUGCUGCUGCUGCUGCUGCUGCUGCUGCUGCUGCUGCUGCUGCUGCUGCUGCUGCUGCUGCUGCUGCUGCUGCUGCUGCUGCUGCUGCUGCUGCUGCUGCUGCUGCUGCUGCUGCUGCUGCUGCUACUGAUAACAGUGCCACUGCCACGGAUGCCACCAAAGACAGCAGCAGCAACCCCCACCCCACCGGCAACCCCACCCCCGCCAUCACCCCCAGCAGCAGCAUCAUGAGCAGCGGUCUAUUCCUAGUCCUGCAGCAGUGCGUGACAGGCGACAGCACACAGGGCGACGAUCUCCUCAGGGAGUGGGGGCUGUGGGCCGUGCGGAACCUUCUAGAAGCCAACCCCGAGAACGCUGCUGACGUGGCGGCUCUGGAGGUGAGAGGCGGGGCGCAGACGGAGGGGUUGAGAGAGAUGGGGCUGGCUGUUGAGGUGGAUGAGAGGAGUGGGCGGCCGAAGCUGAGGAAUAUCGGGGCAGAUGAGCGGUAA